UCAUCAUAUUUAACACACCCACCCAGAUUCACACAUUCUACAAGAAGUGCGAUCUCUUGUCCCGCUGUACUCCUAAAGGUUGCCCGGCCCCGGGAGGUAGGGAGAUUUCGGUCUCCUGUUACCUUACUCCUUUGGCUCGCCUCUGGUGGUUUGACGGCUCUCGAUGUGGCAGAAUUACGCAUCCCGGAUCGCUUAUAGGUGAAUUGGAGUAAACACGUCGACUACUUCCCGGGGACUUUCCCCCAGAAACAACACUUAAAUGUGAAGAGCUGCACUUCUCGUGUGUCUGUUCCGGGCUGACGUCCCGGCUAACCCAGGCCACUCUUCCUUGCGCAGGCUGGUCGGUGAGAUCGAUGCGCGCUGUCGGACCUCUCGGGCACCGACGUUUAACGGAUCGUUUUCUCUUCUUGUCCCGGCUGCUUCACUCGUCUUGUAGCCUGCAUUCCCUCUGAUAAUUUUACUGGCGGACAAGGAAAGGAGACCGGGGCCAGUGCAAAGAGGAUGAGGCUUGAGCAAAUCGACCGUUGGUCUGAAGCGACUCGACCUGUUUUACCUGGACUCGUGCGGAUGGUUUGGCGCUUCGGGGAUCUCGCCUAAAACCCACAAGCAGGACUCUGAUGUUGAAAAUACAAAGGCUGAACACUGAAUCCUUUACUCAAGACGGCAAGCGAAGAUGGGUCCUACGUGUUUAAUGUGUAUUUCAUUAGAUUGGCGUCCAGUCUGAUAAACAUCAUCAGCGAUGUAGUCAGCCUGUUCAUCUGCGUGCUGAUCAUUUGCAGUAAGUACUCACAUCUACUCAAAAGGGAGACCAUGAAGAUGAUUCUCCUGCGCAAAUUCCGGGUUUUGAUCCUCAUGGUGUUCCUAAUUGCAUGCUCCAUGCACAUCAUGAUAGACUUGUUACCAAAGCUGGAGAGGCACGGCAGCACCGGCUGCUCCUGCUCGCACACGCCGAGCGAGGAGCCAAAGAGCUGGGGCAAGCAGGGUUGGCCUAACAAACACAGUCUGCGGAUCCUCCAGGACUUCAGCAACGAGCCCAGCUCAAAUGUUUCCCUGCACUCCCUAGAGAGGGUCCCGGUUGCAGGAGAUAAAUCCCAAGCUUUCAGGAGACUUGACCAUCACGGACAACGUGGUGACAGGAAGAGGCAGUUCAUGCAGGACGCCGGGGUUGACAAGAACGUCCCGGCUAAAGGUUCAAGGCUGUCAGCUCUGUAUGACCAUCCUUUAUAUAAAACGUCGUUGCCGCCUUUGACAGACGAGGACACGCUGUUCAACGUCAACACGGACAUUAGAUUUGACCCCAAAGCAGCAGAGGAUCAGGCAUGGGCUGGGGAGAGCAACAUAGACGAGUUCAGCCAGACUGGGGAACUGACAGCCGAUUCCUACCCCAACUGGCUCCGCUUCCACAUUGGGAUUAAUCGAUACGAGCUGUACUCCAGACACAACCCGGUCAUCGAUGCUCUUCUGAAGGACCUGGCUACCCAGAGGAUCACCAGCGUGGCAAUGAAAUCUGGAGGCACUCAGCUGAAGCUCAUCAUGACCUUCCAGAACUACGGACAGGCACUAUUCAAACCCAUGAAGCAGACCCGGGAGCAGGAAACGCCGCCAGAUUUCUUCUAUUUUUCUGACUUUGAAAGACACAAUGCUGAAAUUGCAGCCUUUCAUCUGGACAAGAUCCUGGACUUCCGUCGUGUCCCUCCUGUAGCCGGCCGACUAGCUAACAUGACAAAAGAGAUCCGCGAUGUUACACGAGAUAAAAAGCUCUGGAGGACCUUCUUCAUUUCACCAGCCAACAAUGUGUGCUUCUAUGGAGAGUGUUCCUACUACUGCUCCACUGAGCACGCUCUGUGUGGUAAACCUGACCAGAUAGAAGGAUCUCUGGCCGCCUUCCUCCCGGACCUGGCCCUUGCCAAACGCAAGACCUGGAGGAACCCAUGGAGACGCUCAUACCACAAACGGAAGAAGGCAGAAUGGGAGGUGGACCCAGACUACUGUGAGGAGGUCAAACAGACUCCACCUUAUGACAGCGGCACACGACUGCUGGACAUUAUGGACAUGACCAUCUUUGACUUCCUCAUGGGAAACAUGGAUCGCCACCAUUAUGAGACAUUUGAAAAGUUUGGAAAUGAGACCUUCAUCAUCCAUCUAGACAAUGGCAGAGGCUUUGGAAAACACUCGCAUGAUGAGCUGUCCAUCCUGGUGCCACUGAACCAGUGCUGCAGGGUAAGGAAGUCUACCCACUUGCGACUGCAGCUGCUGGCUAAGGAAGAAUACAAGCUGUCUGUGCUCAUGGCAGAGUCCCUGGUGAGGGACCGCCUCUCUCCCAUCCUCAUCCAGCCACAUCUGGACGCCAUGGACCGACGACUGCGCCAGGUUCUAAAUGUGCUGUCAGAUUGCAUCGAAAAGGAGGGAUACAGCUACGUGGUGGAGGACGACCUCCAGGGAUACCAAGGGACAGACCACGCCCACAACGGCCCGAGAAGGAGGUAGCUGCCGCGGGGGGCGCUUGGCGGCAGGACUUGGACUGACUACCUGGAGAUUUGAGGCUGGACGGACCAAACCCAGUCUACCUUUAAACUGAACUGGAAUCCUGUAACGCAGAUGAACUCCAUCUGUGCUUAAUUUCUCCGAGGGCUUAAAUUCUGCUGAACUUACAGGAAAGCCCACCUGCCCGAGGUAAUAGGCUGCGCAGAAGAGGACGCCUGCUGGAUAGCACUGAAAAAAAGAACAGUGCAAUAACUUGUAACUGUACUGAUGCCCGAGACAUGCUGAAGAUUUCUGGACCGAUCCGGGGCUUAGCAGAACCGAACCCACCACCUAGACUCCUUUGAAAAAUCCAACCCUGAGUUUAGUGUACCACCACAGCCGACCCCGCCGACCAACCAAACCGCUAAAGUCUUGCAAAGGACGCCUUCUCUCGCCUUUCUGGUUCAGGACCCGUUUUUUUGAAUUCAGUGAAUUCCGAGGGACUCGUAAAAGAAUCCGGCCCCCUCCUCUUCACAUGCUGAAUUGUGUUUCUACCUGCUGUUCAAUAUUGCAAGCGUCAUGGUUAACCAAUCAGGGUGGCUGGAAGAGGUAGAAGGGGACUUCCUGUUAUCGUCAUUAUGAAAAUGAUAUUGAUUUGCUGCGAUUUUUAUUUUUUAACUUUAUUCCUGCUGAGCCGUUUCAGCAUCUCAUAGUUGGACGAUGAAAAAUAUUCGACUGGAGUGGAGUACAGGUUUACUCCUGGAUUAGCCCAUGAAUUAUUGCCCAUAAAUGUUACAUGUCCUUAAGAGAGUAUUUAUUAUUUAUUGUUCAAAAUGAAUACUAAUCAGUAACAUAUUUUUCCUUUUUUCUUUGUCUUAAAGCUGAAUUUCCUUAAUUUGUCCACAAGAGGGCAACCUGAGCACGUGCAAAGAGGGUGGCCAGCUGCCGGGUACUGGCAGUCCCAUUUUACAGGCACCACACAUCGCCACCUGUGUUUACAGCAUUUACAAUUUUUUUUUGUUCCCCCAACUUUAUUGCCUUCAGCGCAACAGACAUGCGGUUAGAGUUACGGUACCAAAAGCCAAAUGUGACACUAAUGUUUCUUUGUAAUAUAUAUUUGAUGUCCAGAUGUUGCUGUUGUGGAGAGGUUAUUUUUCAGGAUGUAUAUUUCAUUCAUUACCAGCAGCUCAUAGUUUAACUGUUGGUGUCGAUGAUUCAGUCACUGGCUGAAAGUUUAAUAUAUUACAUUAGGAAAAAUCUAGUGCCUGUGCAAUGAUAGAAAUACUUGAAUGUCUGGAUUCAUAGCAGAAAGGGUUAAGCUCCUCCUGGGUACGAGCUAUAGAUAAGACACAGAGGUCUACAUAUGUGUGCUGACUCCAUCUGUUCCAUAAGGGGUUUUUAUUAAGUUUCCAUAGUCCUGUGUCAGGGCGGUACAGUGUGUAUGGAUGUAUGGGUGGAUCAACGGAGAACCUUAGAUGGUGUCCUUGAAGUGAAAAUGCUUCUUUUUUUUUUUCUUUCUUUUUGUUUUUAUUCCGCUCAUCGUUUCUGUGGAUUUUAUCUUGAAUUUCUUUGCAUCAUGGUAAAAGUGCAAUAAAACAAAAUCAGCAUAAUUUGA